CCUCAUGGCCUGGCGAUGCUAGAGGAGCGGUGCGGCAGCGGGGAGGUGAGAUUGGUGGCAGGAUACUAUGGGAUGGAUGAGGAAGAAGAAAACAAAUAUGUGUCCCAGCUGAAGGAGGUCUAUAACAGUUGUGAUACCACUGGGACUGGCUACCUGGACAAGGAGGAGCUGACGGAGCUAUGCCACAAGCUUCAUCUGGAGCGGCAGCUGCCAAUACUUCUGCAAACCCUGCUGGGGAGUGAUCACUUGGCCCGGGUUAACUUUGAAGAGUUCAAAGAAGGCUUCGUGACAGUGCUGUCCUCCAAUAUUGACCUGGGCAUCUCCGAUGAAGAGAGUAGCUACUUAGAACCAGCUAUCCCAGAUGAAAUCAAGCCUAAGUACGUGAAUGGAGCCAAGUGGUAUGGCCGUCGGACGAGGCCAGAGCUCCAGGACACCGAGAUGGAAACCACCAAGUAUUUACAGGAGCCACAAGUCAAAGCCAAUGGGAAAAGUCAGCUGAGACGCUCUGCAUCUCUGGAGAGUGUGGAGAGCCUGAAAUCAGAUGAAGAAGCAGAAAGUGCUAAAGAGCCCCAAAACGAAAUGUUUGAGGCACGAGGCCAAAUGAACAGCUGGAACCCUGACCUCUUCAACAGCCGGAGGCAGACAUCCAGCCCCUACUUUGACAUGACUGAGAAUCAGGUUCGGGACAUCUGGGAAGAACUGGGCAUAGGGGACACUGGCUACCUCAAUAAACAUGAGCUUGCAAUUGUCUGUGAAAACAUUGGACUCAAACUGCUGGAGAAGGAGGAGCUGGAAGAUUUAUUUAAGGAGCUGGACAGGGAUGGAGAUGGCAGAGUGAGCUUCAAGGAGUUCCAGCUUGGCUUGUUCACCUGUAGCCCCAUUUCUCUUCCUGUUUGCUCCACUCCUGUCAAGCAGCCCUGGCAGUGGCCACGUUGCCAGGCAUCUGAAGAAACUGGACAUAGAACUGCAGCUCCUUCUUUCCUUACCCACCCAGAGAGUCUGCAUCUCUUUUCCAGUAUUGAUGAUGGCAGCGGCUUGGUCAGUCCUGAGCUCAUUAUCUCCAUCUGGACCCAGGAAGGCGUGGAAAACUGCAAGGAGAUCCUCAAGAGCUUGGAUUUCAGCAUGGAAGAGAAGAUGAGCCUGUCAGAGCUGGCCCUAGCCUUUGACAAUGAGCUGAUGGUUUCCCAGAGUGGCCUUCAGCAGGCUGCCUUUGCCUCCUUCAAGCAUGAGCUGCGCUACUUGGAGGUUCAGGUGGAGCAGAUCUCCAGGGAGAGAGACAAAAUGAAGCUGGACUUGGAGAAGGCUGAAAAACGAAACCUGCAGCUUGUCAAGGAAGUGGAUGACCAUCACACUGCCAUAGAACACCGCAAUGAGAACAAGCUCAAAGCCCUAGAACAAGACUACAGAGGGAAGCUGAUUCAUAUUAAAUCUGAAGUGGAGACAGAAAAAGAGCAGCUUGUGCAACAAGUAACCCACCAGCAAGCCAAACUAGAAGCAGAUAUACAAUUCCUGCAAGAUGAGGAGGCCAGCCUGAGGGAGAAGCUGACUCUAGCCAUAAAGGAAAACAGUCGGUUACAGAAUGAGAUCAUGGAAGUGGUUGAAAAACUGUCUGCUUCAGAGAAACUGGUGUCAAAGCUGCAGAAGGAGCUGGACUUCCUGUUGAAAGACAAACUGGGCCUGAUAGAUCCGCACAGCACAGAGCUCCUUGACCAAGAAGAGCGCUUUGCCAAGAUCAUUAAAGAAUAUGAGCUGCAGUGUCAGAGAGUAAAGGAGUUACGAGAUAAGAAUGAUGAGCUGCAGAUGGAGCUGGAGAAGCUGCGCUCGCAGCUGCAGGAGGACAGGCACUGCCGGUCCUGGUGCCGAAUGAGGGACAGCAAGGCAGCAGGUCAGCUCCAGCCCUCUGAUGAGAUGCCAAGAGAAAAGUCCUUUCAGGAGAGCAGGCGGUUAUCUGCCACAGAGAAAAAUGGCCCUCUUUGUGUCAGUGUAGACCCCUAUGCUGUGAGCAUAGAAAUGGAGCUCAUGGUUGAGCAGCUGAAAGAGCAACUUCAGGACCUAAAAAUCCAACUGGAAACCAAGGGAAAUUAUUAUGAGAGGGAAAUCGAGUUAAUGAAAAGAAACUUUGAGAUGGAAAGGAAGGACACUGAGCAGAGCUUUAAGAUUGAGAUCAGUGAGUUAGAAGAGCAGAAAGGUGACCUAGAGGAACUCAAUGCAAAAUAUCAAGAGGUAAUUGAUGGUUUGAGAUACCAGCUCCAGAAGUCUGCAGGAAGCCAGGACCUUGAGAAGAGAUUUGAGAAGGAGAGGUCGGAAAUGGAACAAUACUAUGCCAAAGAGAUUUGCAACCUUGGACACAGGCUGGCCCAAGAAAGGGAUAAGCUAGAAGAAGAGCUGAAGAUGCAGCACAAAAAUGAGCUACAGCUAAUAAGGGCUGAGCUGCAUCAAGUCUUGGAAAAUAAUGCCCUGCUGAAAAAUAAACUGGGGAGGCUCCAGCAAGAAGUGCAGGCUGCGGAGGAAGCCAGCAAUAAGCACAGGAAACUCAUUGAGGAAUUGCAAAGGGAAAAAGAGGAGGCAUGCUCUUCAGUACAAGAGCUAACUGAAUUGAAUGAGAGGUACAAGCAGGACAUCUCCCAGUUAAAUGCCGGGACCUGCCAGCUGAGCAGUGAGCUCUCUGCUUUCCACCACCAGAAUGAGGCCAACCACCAGAUGAUCCAGUUACUAAACCAGAGGCUGGCUGAUGUGACUAGCCAGAAAGAGGACGAAGCCACUGUUGGCAAGCGACUGCAGGAGGCAUUUGCUAAAUGUGAGCAGGAGCAUUGGCAGCAGCAGUUGGUGUGGCAGAGGGAGAGGGAGCUGCUUGAGCAGGAUCUCCGAAGCUCCAGGGAGAAGGUCAACCAGGUGCAAGAGCUGGAGGCUGAGCUGGAGCACAUGACUCAGGAGCGCCAGAUGCUGCGGCUUACAACAGCACAGUUGAGGAAGGAGCUUGAGGAAAGCCAGGAUCAGUUGUUAGAAGCCAACACACGACUCCACCUGGCCCAUUCUCAGCACCUGCAGGAGCUGCAGCAGCUGAAGGGCCAGAUGGGCAAUGUUGUGCCUAAGGAGCAUCUCACCCAGCUCCACAAUAGAUUGGCUGAAGAACAGCAGAAGGUUCAGCAGCUGCAAGAAGACCUCAGCUUCCAGGCUGAGCAGGCAAGCAGGCAACUGGCUAUACAUCAGGAGGAACAUGAGAAGAUGCUCAGGGUGACAGAGGAAAGGACAGAGGGGCUGGAGCAGGAUCUGAGGAAUGCAGAGGCAAUGCUGCAGGAAAAGGUGGCCCAGCUCAAGGAGCAGUUUGACAGGAAGGCUAAGUGUGACCUCCUGCUCAAAGACCUGUAUGUGGAGAAUGCACAGCUGAUGAAGGCUCUGCAGGUGACUGAGCAAAGGCAGAAAAGUGCUGAGAAGAAGAAUUUUGCUCUAGAAGAGAAGCUUCUGGCCCUAAACCAGCUCCUCAGGCGGAUUGCACCAGCCUCUCUCAGUGUGUGAAUUGGUGCUGGCCUUGGAGCUGAAUUCAGGGAGAAGGACAUUCAAGAGCGGGGACACACUGCUGCCUGCUCUCCUUGUUUUCACUCGUGACCAAGUGGGCAGCAUUGGGGUCCCAGUCCUGACCCCAUGAAGAGUGUUGAGUCUUGCACCCAGGGCCCAGUGCAACUUGAUAAUGGGGCAAUCUUCUCCCUGCUGAUGGGCUGUGGGGUGCCACAGGAUCACUCCCCCAUUUGCCUACUGAUAGGGGCACUCUCAGGGAAGAGGGUGAGGCUGGUAAACGAGACCAUGGCCUUCCAGCAUGUGUAUCCUGAAUUUUCUUUUCCUAAGUGGGAAAGAAAAAGCUUUAGUGCCUUUGGCCAUUUCAGGUAAUGGAUGUUCACCCUGUCUGGUGGGUCUGUCUCAGGGCUAGGUUGGGUGUCUGGUGAUGGCCAUACUUACCCACACACUACCAAACUUGUCUGCACACUGGCAGCUUGUCAUACUAGGACGCACUGUUUUGUAUAUGGAGUAUUUACAAUUCCUCCCUAAGUCCCAGAUGUGCUUAUGGGGCUGUACUGCUGGAAAAGGCAGCCCUGAGGUGAUGGGGUCUUCUAAUGCUAGCUCACAUGGAAUGGGAUAUUAUGUUUUAAUAAACAAAGAAAAUGGCAUUUUUAA